AUCACAAAACAGGAUCGUCUCGUGGGUUGAUGUCUCAAGGACGGCUGUAAAAUUGAAUUAUCAUUGUCCAUCGAAGUUGAAACCAAACGCACUGGUUUUCAAAUGCCCAUGUUGCUGCCAAGUGCUCCCAGUCGUCCUACAUGACCGGUACAGGUGGAGCAGAGAUGAUUACCGAGUGCUUUCUUCCAAGGAUUAUCGGCACGGCUAUGCCAUUGGCCCCAAUCUCGGCCAUGGUGCAAGUUGAGGUCGCCCUCGCGCCUCCGAACAUCCUUCCUGCAGUUCAAAGCACCAGGGUGAGAUCUACGGCAUGGACACGGCGCCUAAUAUAGGCAAUAAGUUGGGCGUUGGGAGUCGUCCCUCUUGAACGAGUGGU